UACUGUUAGCGCAAUGUGCAACAAUUAUAAUGAAUACUAAGUAAUAUACUAUACAAACUGCGUAUACUUAUAUUUAAUAGAAUUUUUCUAUCUGUCGCGCCGAUAUGCAGUGUUUGGUGUUCGUUGUUGUUAUUUGCAGAGUCAAGUGUGCCUGCAGUUCUAUUAUUUUUAAAUUCUAAAAUGCUAGAGAAAAUAUUUCUGGAAUUUUAAGUGGAACGCUAAAAGCGCAGAAUAAAUAUCAUUUAAAUAUCAAAGCAGAAAGUUAUUUGUGUUGCACAAGCCCCCAUUUACAUAGGAUCAGGAGGCGCGUCUAUAUACUCUGUAUACAUAUAUAAAUACAUUGGAUUCAAAUUGGCAGCGGAUUCUCACCAAGAGAUAAGCCAAGGUGCUGCAGCUAUUCCAUUCUGGCAUUACUAUGUGAUCUAUGAGAUGGGACACGCCCACAAACUGGAUCAGAGUGAGAUGUCUCAGCGGAAGGCAUGGCUGCCAUAAAUCCAUCAACGCACUGAAUAAAUCAAACAGAGCACAAGCGACAAUAAUUAAGAGACCCAUGAGUACAUACACAUUUCUAUUUUGGGGAAGUGUAUUUCCGUUACAUUGCAAGGUGAUCAUCGACAAUCAGCAUCCGAUUCCGAUUCGGAUUCCGACUCCAAAUUCUGAUCGCAAAGCACUUCAAAGUCACCGCGUUUAAGCGCACACAUGUUGCUGGCGAUCAAGUUGAGCCAGCGGCAACUGUUGUUAUUUCCAUCAUAAAUUAGAAAAAUCUAGAAGAGAUCACUGAUCUGUGCGAGGGUGGAAAGAGAGACAGACCGAAAGAGCGAGAGACAGACAGAGAGAGAGAGAGUGAAAGUGAGUGAGCGUAAGAGCCAACCAUCUCUCAGCUAAAGUGGAUUUCCGGUGAAUACAACAAAAAUACAACGGCAUAUUCGACACACAAAGUUAUUGCAUUAAAGUCAACUCAACCCCAUUUGCUGUCAAGGAGUCGCAGUGCCAAGUUAGGGAGUUACGACUACAAGAAGUAUAUAUAUUUAUAUAUAUAGAGCAAAGAAAUAUAAAUGUUUGGCAGUAUCUGGCGACGCGUUGCCAGUAACAGAAGCAGCCAAAGAAUGUCCACAAGUUUUCUCUGCCUGCUGCUCUUGUGCAUCUCGAUUGCAGCAGCGCGGCGAGCGCCUGUGGCCAGCUCGCAGGAGCUAAGCAAGGACUAUGAUAUGCCACACAGCGCCAACAACAACAACAACAACAACACAUCAACUACACAGAACAAUAUCAAUGCCGAGGAGGAUGAGGAUGCGGAUGAAGAUGAGAAGACUGGCACGACUGGCUCUAGCCCCGGCUCAGCUGCUGGUCAGGAUGUCAAGCAACAAUUUGCGCCUCGCUUUAAGAAUCCCAAGAAACUAAGCACGCUUUACACGCGACCCUCGGGCUCAACGCUUGCGCUGAGCUGCCAGGCGGUGGGCAAUCCGGAACCUAAUAUCACUUGGUAUAGGAACGGUAGCAACGACUUAACGCGCAUCUACGGCAACUAUCGCAAAACUAAGUGGCAAAUUAUCAUGGAGGAUCUGGUGCCCGAAGACUCGGAUCAGUAUACGUGCGUGGUAUGCAACCCGUUGGGCUGUCUCACCCAUGUGAUGAAUGUGAUGGUCACCGAUCGGGUGAACCAUAAACCCAUUUUGCUUAAAGGACCCGCAAAUCUGACGCUGCUGAUCAAUCACAGCGGUCACAUGGAAUGCAAAUAUUUGUCGGACUUAACUAGCAGGAAGGCUUGGGUCUUUAUGCCUUGCAAGAGCGUUAAUGAUUGCUCCAAGAACAGAACGAUUCUAGCCGAAGAUGUGGACCGCUUGGAGUUUCUGAAUGUGACCCAGGACAAGGAAGGCUGGUACACGUGCAUCGAGAGCAACAGCUUGGGCCAAUCCACAAGCCGAGCCUAUUUGCGCGUAGUGCGCAGCUUGCAGCUACUCGAGGCGAAUCUUGGCAGUGUGUUGCCCGAAAAUUCCAUGUUGGCUGUCUUUAUCUCGGUGACCGUCAUGCUGAUCAUGAUUUGCAUCAUCUUCGUGGCUUAUGCCGUUCGUAAGAUGAAGCACGAGAAGCUGCUUAAGCAGCGCAUCGAAACAGUGCACCAGUGGACCAAGAAGGUUAUCAUAUAUAAGCCCGCUAGCGGAGGCGAUUCGAGUGGCUCCAUGGACACCAUGAUAAUGCCAGUGGUGCGAAUUGAAAAGCAACGCACGACCGUGCUUCAAAGUGGCAACGAGCCGGCGCCCUUCAACGAAUACGAAUUUCCACUAGACUCCAAUUGGGAGUUGCCGCGCAGCCAACUGAUGCUGGGCGCUACGCUUGGCGAAGGCGCCUUUGGACGCGUUGUAAUGGCCGAAGUAAACAAUGCCAUAGUGGCUGUAAAGAUGGUCAAGGAGGGUCACACGGACGACGACAUUGCCAGCCUGGUGCGCGAAAUGGAGGUCAUGAAGAUCAUUGGCCGGCACAUCAAUAUAAUAAAUCUGCUUGGCUGCUGCAGCCAGAGCGGGCCGCUCUAUGUGAUCGUAGAAUAUGCACCGCAUGGCAAUUUAAAGGACUUUCUGUACAAGAACCGACCUCUGAGCAAGGAGCAACUGGACAGCUCGCAGUCUGCUCCGCCGGCGCCACAGCAUGUAAUCACCGAAAAGGAUUUGGUCAAGUUUGCCCACCAGAUAGCACGUGGCAUGGAUUACCUGGCGUCGCGUCGUUGCAUUCAUCGCGAUCUGGCGGCUCGCAAUGUGCUAGUCAGCGACGACUAUGUGCUGAAGAUUGCGGACUUUGGACUGGCGCGGGACAUACAGAGCACGGAUUACUAUCGGAAGAAUACCAAUGGUCGCUUGCCCAUUAAGUGGAUGGCGCCCGAAUCGCUGCAGGAGAAGUUCUACGACUCACAGAGCGACGUCUGGUCAUAUGGUAUUCUACUUUGGGAGAUUAUGACAUUUGGAGCUCAGCCUUAUCCGGCCAUCAUGUCCGCCGAAGAGCUCUACAGCUAUCUGAUGUCGGGGCAGCGCAUGGAGAAGCCGGCGAAGUGCUCAAUGAACAUUUAUAUUCUGAUGCGACAGUGCUGGCAUUUCGAUGCCAGUGCCCGGCCGCCCUUCACAGAGAUAGUCGAGUACAUGGACAAGCUGCUACAAGCCAAGGAAGACUAUCUCGAUUUGGACGUGGCCAACUUGGAGACGCCGCCCUCGACGAGUGAUGAGGAGGACGAAGAGGAUGCAUCCGAUAUGGAGCACUCGCGCUAUCACUACUAGCUGCUUGAUAACGACUACCGAUCGAACUAUCGACCAAGUGAUUUAAAUAACUGUACAUACUGAGCUCUCGGGCUGCCUAAUCAUAAGUCUGUAAAUCGCUAGAAUUUCACUCCACCAAAGGCGAAAACCAAAAAACUAUUUAAUCCGUGCUAGCUUAAGUAUAAAUGUAUUUUUCCUAUGUAUACUGAUGUAAAUUAUUAAUGUGUAAAUUUUCAUCUUCGAGUUAUCUAACACUUACCUGACUUAAAUCAGAGCAUUUGCAAAAGAUUGUCAGCUCAGAAUCGAGCUAAAGUAGAAGCUGCACAAAUCGAAAGUUCAAUACUGAUCAGAAUACUUUAACAAGAAAAGGUUGCUACAAAGGUUUAACUGUCGAAAGCAAAAUGCGCCAAAUAAUUAUAUGUAAAGUACCUAAAGUAUAUUGAUAAAUUUCGCAGAUAAGAUUCUUAUACUUGUGGUUAAUCUGUAAUAUUUGACUGUUCCAUUGUAAAGUGGUAAAUCUGAAAUGUACAAUUAUUCAACUCAAUUUAGUACAGUUUAAAGGAGAGCAAAAAAUAAUUUGCGAAUUACAAAUACUGUUAAGCCGUUAAGCGUUCUAACUUGCGAGCGUUCACUGUACGAAUGCAAAGGCAAAAUGAAAUUAUUAUUGCAUUUAAUGUGGAAACAAAUAAUUUAGUUUAUGGGCGAUAUUAAUUCCUAAAACACAUUUCUUAAACAAAAAUAUUUGUUUCUAAUGGAAACGGAACUCAAUGAAGAUGAACUUUUAUAUAUAUGCACAAUUUACAGUGUUAUGCGUAGUACGCAAUACAAAUAUGUAAGAACAAUAUAUGUUUAAAAUAGAGAAUAACCCCAGAUAUCGAAUAGCUUAUAUAUACACACAGAUAUUUAAUAGUAGUAAGCAUAAGUUAGCUUGUAGCUUAUGGUUGUAUUUGAUUAUGUUGUA